AUGCCUGCACUAAGUAACGGCAGAAACAUGGACAUUGUUAUCCGCGAGGAGGAUGUGUCGGUGGCACAGGUCGGCAUUUAUGCGUCCAUAUCCUUUCUGGUGGUGACUGUUGUGGGUGCAUUGUUCUAUGUUUCGUGUUCGAAAAAGUAUCGAUUGAAUUGGUUUGAGAAAAAUUUACUGGAAUCGGCUGCAGAGACACAGGAUACCGAACAGUGCACUGAUCCGCUCGUUGCUGGCACUGCAGCUUUUAAUGCGGACAACAUCAGCGAAUGUUCGCGUUCUCGUUCGAUUUGCAAAGGCAAUGUAAGCCCCACAUCCAUUAAUACUGACGAUCCCACCUUUUGGGUGCCACCACCGCGCAAGACAGUGCAACAACAGGUUUCAACAUCUGCUGAAGAGUCCCCACCACCAACGCCCACCUCACCAACGGGUAGUCUGAAAUCGAACACGCUCUCGAUGUCUUCAACAAGUUCCGUGCCUAUAACACGUUCGGACAAGCACGUCGUCCUGGGCAUGAACCCUAGCAGGCCAAAGGUGGCGUCGAUGAGCGCAAAAUUGGACCACACAAAAAUUGACAUGUCUCUCUAUAGAAGCAACUCGCAACAGAAGGGAUCGCCGCAAGGUAGUGAUGAUAUUCGUGGCAAUAUUCAUUUGAGUGUGGUCUACGACACAAUAGCCGGCAUGCUCUCCGUACAUUUAAUAGAGGCACAAAAUUUGCAACCGCGCGACUUUAGCCGCACAGCAGACCCAUAUGCCAAAGUACGUCUGCUUCCCGAGAAGAAGAAUUUCUGGCAAACGCGCAUACACAAGAAAACUCUCAAUCCCAUUUUCGAUGAGGAUUUCGUCUUUGAAGAGAAUGCAAGUGUAAUCGAUAAGCGCACAAUUGAGAUUUUGCUCUACGAUUUUGACGCGUACUCACGCCACGUCUGCAUUGGAGGCGCCCAAAUACCGUUAAACAGCUUGGAUCUGAGCGAAAAAGUUGAGUUGUGGACACCGUUAGGCUCCUGCGCAGAGCAAGACAUGAAGGUCGAUUUGGGCGACAUUAUGGUUUCGCUCUCAUUUUUGCCCUCAGCUGAACGCCUGACCGUGGUAUUGAUCAAAGCGCGCAACUUACGCAUAAUAGAUGAUUCGCGGAACUCAUCAGAUCCGUAUAUUAAAGUAGCGCUACUGUCCGAUGGUAAGAAAAUCAAGAAGCGUAAAACUGGUGUCACACGUAAUACCAUAAAUCCGGUAUAUAACGAAGCGCUAACAUUUGAUGUUAACAAGGACACAUUGAAGAAUUGUCUCAUUGAGUUUACGGUCGUUCACGAUGGACUGUUGGGCUCCAGCGAAAUUCUGGGUCGUGCAGUCAUUGGCAACUCUGCAGAAGUGCGCCCCGAAGAACGCAUGUUUUUCGAACAAAUGUUCCGUUCCAAAAAUUCACUCGCCCAAUGGGUUCCACUGCAGGAGGCUAGCAAUCAGCGCGGCAAUUUAGCUAAUCCACCAACCAAUGUGAAUUAAAUGCUAGAUAACAGCAUAAUUUGCUGUUAGAACGGGCAGUUACCAUGGCGCUGUUAUUGCAGCACAGUGAGUUUAAACAGAAAAUGUUAAUGACAGAGACUAUUAAUAACAGUGAAUGUUUAUAACACAAAAUGUUAUUUACAGAAAAUGUUGAAGCAAAAAUUCUCUACAAGGAAGAAUUGAUAACUUUUUUCCUUUAGUAAAUUAAUAUAAUUAAUUACAUUAACAUUUUCAGCUGUUAUUAGUCAGCAGAAACUUAAUUUUAAUUCUUUAAAAAGGCAACAAAGAAAGAGAUGGGAUAUUUUCAUGUGUUUAAAGUUUACUAAAACCGCUGCUUUUGUGUUUAGUUCUGUAAAUGCAAGUUUUGUGUGCAGCUCAGGUAGCCUAUAUGUAUGCGUCUAUGUAUAUGUACAAGAUAUUUAGGCAUAUAUACAUAUGUAUACAAAAAUAUAUAUUUUUAGAAAAGCUUAGAUUAUGUUUUUAUGGUUAUUUCUUUAUGUAAGUAAUUCAUAGGCUGAAAAGGCUUUGGCUUGAUUGGGAGAUCGGCUUAUAAUUGUCUGGGAGUACUUACCUAAGAGUUUCAUAACAGUUUAUUUAAUCGCUCUAAACUCAUUAGCCUCAAAGUGACGCUCCCUCUGCUAUUUUAGUUUGCAAUGACAAAAAGUGAGUUUUGUGUUUGAAGAAAUUCCGGAUGGAACAAACAUAACAAAUUUUCAACAUUUGCAAAGCAAUGUUAUGAUAAGCGUUAAAGUAAAUCUCUCCCAGCAUAUUCAACAACCAAGCACUGGUUAGCUGAACUUAGUUAACAUAUGAUGCAACCUGUUCAGGAAGGCCAGCACAUUCAUUGGGACCUGAAAACAACGCUGAAAGUCAUAUAAUGCGCUUGCCAAGACUCGCUGGUAAGAGAUUUUACGCAAAUGAGUUGACAAAUGGAGACUAUGUCGAGCAAAAAAGUUAUAUUUUCAUUCAAAUGCACGUUCUUUCAACGUUAAGUCCAAGACUUUUCAGGCCAUGUAGUAAUUAUUUACUUAAGGAAGUCCUUAUAUACUUAUAUAAUUUACUAGAUAGUUUAAUAGAAUUUAGAUAUAAUUUGAAAUAUUUUAAUAAGCAUUGUGUCGAUGAAUAUUUUCUACUAAUAAUGCUUUAUUUUUAUCGCUGUGUUUUUUCAAUAUAUAAUAGAUUUGAGAAAUAUUUUUCUUGCGCUAAGUAAUAAUAUAUAUAUUUUUUUAAAGGUGAUAGCAAAUAUUCCAUUUGAACCAUUACAUUAUAUAUGUGUGCAUGCACGUAUACACUUAUGUAUCGUAAUUGCUGACACGGAUUGCAGGGAAAUGAAAAACUGAAUUAGCUUAGUUUCAAUAAGUAUUAAUGCUACACAAUAUUCCAUAAGCUUAAGCAAUUUGUUCAGCGUGCUACUACAUGUGCUUUCAACACUAAAUAUUGGGCAUUCGGGUGAACCCUCAAGCAGGAAGCUGAAUUUACAAAUAGUUACGACCACGCUUAACUGUUAAUCGUGUGCAAUUCUCCAAGAUUCUAUGUCAAAAAGUACCUAAAGUUGUAUAUUCUUAGAUAAAUAUAGAAAUCCAGAAUUUAUAUAUGAUAUACUACAUAUUUUUAUUGUCACUAAAUCUUUAUACAUUAUAUCAAUAGUUGAACGUAUGCAUGUAUGUAUGUAAUUGAACAAAGCUUACUUAGAGUACCAUUAUUGAUCGUCUAACAAAUUCGGAUUAACUUCCACACCAAAUGUAUUUUUUAAGAAAAGGAGUCGUAGGUAUAUACACAUUUACUGAAAUAUAAUCGACAGUUUAUAAAUCUAUGUGGAUAUAGUGGUAAGAUUUUCAGGCAAAUAUUUUGUAAUAAUAAUAGUUUUCUAAUUAAUUUUUGUUGCGUAUAUGUAGUUGUUACUAAAGUAAUCGUAUGUAUAUAAAAUAAAAAUC